CAAUUGAAAUUAGAUGAGACAGAAACUCUCUCGUAUUAUACUUCAUAUUUACUAUAACUGUAUAUUAUAAUAAUCUGUCAAUUUCGAAGGCCUAUUGACAGCUAUUUUAUUAACAAUUUAUAAUAUCUUUGAUUUUAAGUUCAUUACAUUUACUGGAAUAUUCGCACGAUGUUACGCAAUAGAAUUAUGCUACUGACAUUUUCAUACAAAAACUUGAAUAUCACUGCAUGCAAUGAAAUUUGAUACAUUUAAAAAUACAACGAUAUCAAUUGUUAGAGUAUUAUUAGAUUACGAUGAGGUUCAGAUAGCGAAAAUGUUCAUUACUAUUUUGUAUAUGAAAAUUACACACGUGAAAUGAAAUUCAAAAUUAAAAAACAAAUUUAGCAAUUAGUACGAUGCCACGGUAGGUUACAUUAAUUACAAAUCUUUUCAUGUUUUAUAUUACUAAACGAAUAAUAUGUGCAAUAAACAGAUUCUACACUAUUUUAAUUUUCGUCGGGUUAAGUUUAUAAAUUUGAAUUUGAAAAUAAUAUCGAUUUUGAUAUCGAUCUAACGUCGAGUUAUCGAUCUAUCUAUAUAUGUACCAUAAUUGAACAGAACACGAAUUAUGUAUGUCAUUGCGGCGUCGCUGGAAAGAGUGCAUCAAUGAAAAGAUUGUAUAGAAUUACUUCAUCGUAUGUGUGUUUAUUAAACGUAAUUUCGUAUCUAAUCUUUAAUUCAGUUUAUAUUUUCUGUACAUUUGACACUUGAUAUAAGUGACAGUUGCUGCACGUUCCGAAUUUCCAUGCAACGCAAAAUGAAUGAAUGGUGGAAUAGUGUUAAGUUUUACCGAAAUUCAAAUUUCGUAGUUAAAAAAUCCGGUUACAAUAAUAACAGAAGCAUUGUAAUUCUACGAUACACGUAAGUAAUUACUGUUCUAACUACCUUAUGAAUGUUAUUCAUACCGAAUGAAAAUUAUUUUUAAGAAAUUUAUGAGUAAAUAUUAUGUUGAUACGGUGACAUACGGCACGCCGCGAAGCCAUCCGAGAAUAUAAUACAAAGAAUCACAAAUCAUAGGCAUAACACAGGUACGUAUCUUGCGAACAAAGAUAUGUAUCAAAGAAGAUGAAUUUUUGAAAGGACAGAAGAUGAUAGUUUUCCUAAGAUAUCUCCCAUAUUUAUUCAGUCGGUAUAGAACAGUUUUUAUAUAAUCGAUCAUUUUCUACGAAAGAAAGCGAUCGUUACCGUAACAAAAACAGCAGCGUGAUUCGCCACGAUGAAAUAUUCGAAAAAAAACUUGUAUUACAAGCAUAAUCGAAUUUUCUAGGAUAAUCACGUAUAUGCUGGUUCACAACAUUUCGCAACGUUAAACAUAAAAUAGAAAUCAAAACAUCGAGAUCGUUAUCAAUCAAUCUUCGUAAUUACGUAAUCACAUAAAAUUUCAAACUUUCUUAUGAUUUCACCGUUCACGAAUCGCCGAGAAUUACGAAUACCGGCGUCGUAAUAAAUCCACCAUGUCGUUGAUACCUUCCAAAGACUUGCAUUAAUACGUUCUUGUUUAUCAUUGUUCAGUCGGAGAAAAAUUUGGGGUUUUGUGGGCUCCCCAGCUGGUAGUUACGGUCCUGUCGGCGGUUCUCAGUGCAACGACGAAACUCAUAGCGCAUUACAGGACGUCAAGGGAAUACGAGAAAGAAGGAGGAAGAAUCGUCGAGCAAGCUCGAGCAUCUCCGUCGAGCCCCGCCCUGUAUAUAUUUUUAACCGGAUCCAUCGAAAGUCUGGCCGGCGUGGCACACUGUUCGUUCGAGCAAGUGAGGUUUCUAUUGACGUGCAGGAAGAAAGAAAAAAGUCAGAAGGACGCAAACGAAAGACAGGACACAUUCGAACGACGCAACAAGUAAAGAAAACUGCAUCUCUUUCGUUCGACCUGCACGCUACUGGAACUCGUGGAUCUGGUUGUGAAAAUCUACGCCCUUGAUUCUAACCCCAGGAAGAUAUCUUAUAAAGGUUCUCUUGGCAAAAAGCAAGAAAAAUGUCGAUUGUAAUGCAGUACGUAGACCGGCUACACGAAAUACUCGACAAAAAUGCAGAUCAGAGAACAACGGACUGGUUCAUGAUGAGUUCACCGUUCCCCACUCUGUUUAUCUGCCUGAGCUAUGUAUACGGAGUAAAAGUUUUGGGUCCAAAGCUAAUGGAGAAUAGGAAGCCCUUUCAGUUGAAGAACGCCCUGAUAAUUUAUAAUCUAUUUCAAAUGGUGUUCUCAGCGUGGCUUUUCUACGAGAGUCUGAUGGGCGGAUGGUGGGACCAAUAUAGUUUCCGUUGCCAGCCUGUGGACUAUAGCAACAAUCCAACCGCGGUGAGGAUAGGAAUGUCCGGAUGGCUGACUGGCGACUAUUCUCUAAGGUGCCAACCCGUAGACUACAGUGAUCGACCCCAAGUACUAAGGAUGGUGCACGCUUGCUGGUGGUAUUACUUCUCCAAAUUUACGGAAUUCAUGGACACGAUCUUCUUCGUACUGAGGAAGAAGAACGAUCACGUGUCGACAUUGCACGUUAUUCACCAUGGUUGCAUGCCAAUGUCAGUGUGGUUUGGCGUUAAAUUUACACCUGGCGGUCAUUCUACUUUCUUCGGACUCUUGAACACGUUCGUUCACAUCGUAAUGUAUACAUACUACUUGUUAGCUGCGAUGGGCCCGAGAUUGCAACCGUAUCUCUGGUGGAAGAAAUACUUGACCGUCUUCCAAAUGAUUCAGUUCAUCGCGGUUAUGAUCCACGCGUUCCAACUGCUCUUCAUCGACUGCAAUUACCCGAAGGCGUUCGUUUGGUGGAUCGGUCUGCACGCGACUAUGUUCUUCUUCCUAUUCAACGAAUUCUACCAGCAAAGUUAUCAACAGAGGAGGAAGCCAGUCGCAAACGGCAUGAAAAAGGAUCAUCAGCAGAACCAUCAAGCCAAUGGCGUGACGAACGGUACAAACAGUAAUUCGUCUGGAAGAAGGGAUGCGGCCGAUUAUUAUGUGAAAGGCGACAGCCUAGCCGCGUCAGAGCUCAAUCUUAGGAAAUCAUACACGACGACCGAGUGACCCGAUCGCGCUACGUCGUAGCCAUCAUCAAUUCAUCUCGUCUUUUUCCAUCGAUUCCUCGAGUCGCAUCCGGGCUUCGCUCUAUCACCCUUCCAGUCCAAUGAUCCUUCGAGACUAAUGGAGACUUGGACAUUGAGUACAAAAUUACUCUGUAUUGCGACUGCGUUAUAGCGUAUAUUUGUGAAAGGAGAUAGAAGGUGAGAAGAAAAGAGUGUGAUACGAAGCAACAUACAAAGGUACUCCCGGAUGUGUUGCGACUCAAUGUCACGGAUCCCUGACCUCGCGACUCAGGUAUUCGUGAUCCUUCUUCGGUUCGCUGUACGUACACCUGCCACGACCGACAAGGUAACUCGUCAUUGAAUCCACUCCCCACCCCCUGCAAAGGAGUAUACGCGGGAAGCAAACGAACGAAGAAGCUGCAUCGCCGUUCAUGUAAUCGUAUCUGACGUAGAAAACUAAUUGCAUCGAUGUCUCAAUAGAAAAAGUUAAGUUAAAAAGUUACAAAAAGUAAUUUUCUUCGCCAUCGCAUUACCAAUCAUGGUAAUUCAUAGCGGUAUUACGAUACGCAACGGUAAUUGUAGAAUAAUUGUUUUUAUUGGCCAUAGUGAAAUUGCAGUGUUUUCGCAACACGCCUUCGAACCCCUAGGUAAAAAAAGCCUCUCACCACUUUAAAUCGGCUGAAAUAACCCGAUUUAAUUGUCCCAUCCUUUUGUGAAAAUGAACAUUGUGAAACAUUUUUUGAUUUACAUACUUUUCAAAUACGUCAGGACGAUAGCUACUUGUGAAAUUUGUUUACUGUCAUCGAUUUGAGCGAGGUUCCAAGAUUAUAUAAAAACAAGAAAUUAUAUAAGAGAGUUAACGGUGAGUCUUGGAUUAAAUUACGUAACAAUGCCACCGACCGUUGCUUUAUUACAUAAUUCAGGAACAUCUCUUUUGCAUUUUACUAGGAUCCCGCGGGUGUUAGAAAAUUCAUACUUCAUUAUUCCAGAAUUUGUGAUCUUAAUUAGGCCGAUCUACAAUACACAAUCUACACACUUUCAUACCAAGUUUCACGAUUACAUAAACGGUACGAAACCUGGGCUUAAAUUCAUGUCCGUAUGCAAGGCGAGUCAACUAACGUUAACCAAAAAUUUCUCUGUUAAUUUUAAUGAUACGAAAAAAUGAUUAAGGAAGAAAAUAUAUCGAUAUAUAACGAAGAAACAUAUAUCGAAAAUAUAUCGUAACGCAAAAAAUUUCUUUCUCAAGAUAACCCAAUAUUUUUUAUGUAAAACAUUUUCUCGUAUUAAUAAAACUAAAAGAAAAAUUUUUCGCUUGUGACGUUAAAUGACUCAUUCUAUAAAGGAUUGAAUAUCAGAAAUAGCAAGUUUCUUAAUAAUACUGAUUUUAAACAUAUUUUAAAUAUUUCUAAUUCUGUGAAUAUUUUCUUUUCAUAACUCAGGCAUAUCCGUUAUAAAUCGAUGUAUAAAAAUUACUUUCAGUCGAACAUGAAUCAUCAAUACCGGCGUAUACAUAUAUUCGAUUUCGAGCGAUACUUCAUCUACGUGGCAGCUGUAGGUACAGUGUAACAUAUUCAGCAUUGUACAUAAAAUACAUCAUCUAUUCAAUAUAUUCGACUCAAAAGCCAUUCAGCUGAAAUUAAAAGGAAAAAACGGGAAAAAAUGUAAGGUAAAGGAAAUAUGUGCGAAGCAAUAAAUCAAGACAGUGUACAAAACUAAUCAUUUAAGAAUAACUACUAAUCAAUGAUGAGAAUGAUUUAAUGGUUUUAUCGACAAUGAAUAACCGAUUUUGUAUAUUUAAGAUUUUUCACUGAUUGGCUUUUAUGCCGACUAUAUUAUAGGCAUCGCGAAGUCGCGCAAAGCUAAGGAAACUCACGUUUUCGAUUACUGAACAUUCAAUUCUUGAAGGGACAAGAGAGCAACUUCAUCCGUGCCUUGCGAGCAAACUGAUGUGCCUUAAUAUCUGGAAUGUUCUGAUAAUUACGCGCAAUGGUCAUUCAAAGCUCAAUAUAAACAGUGAGGUGAUCUAUCGGCGAAAAUUCAUUAACGAAAAGCAAGAGAUCGCGUUUCAUUUUGUAACACGAUCACUGGCGUCAAAGCUGUGAUUACCAAAAUAUUUCGUCGUGUCACUUGUGAUCUAGACAUUAAGGUUUCAACUCAGAACGCGUCGUCAAACGAGCCGAAUUAAUCAAGGGGUUUUUUAUCGUUUUUUUUGUACGUAUAUCAUGAAAUUAUAUAGGGUUAAAUUGUUGAUCAAAUUUUCCAACAUCACAGUUGUUGAAAUUAUUGUUAGAACUAAGAAUAUCUAGAAACGUUUAUAUUUUCUAGCGCAAACAUCAAGUUCCCGAAUUCCGCACAAAUUUAUUCGAAUAUAAUACUUCUAUUUUUCUAAGCGAAUGCUUGUAAUCCAACAGAUUUGUGACGAAGAUCAUUCGUAUAUCCCAUAAACCAAUGUUUUCUAACUAUGAAAUUUUGUAUGCCUCGCGUACUUGCACGAUGCAACAUUCUUAUCGAUACUUGCUCACACUUUCUAAAAGAGAAUCACAAAUGUUUGUAUGCCUGAGAAAUUCUUUGUACAUCUAUCCAUAAAAUUACAGCGACUAAGAUACGAUUCUCGAACUUUGUACCACAGAUAUAAUCAGAUAGUAUAAUGAUACGAUUGGUUUGCACAAAAUGUCCACUUUGUGUUUCGUUCGCUUUGCACAUUUCGUACACUCUGUACAUAGAUAGGAUAGUUUUGUACUGUCGUAAGGAAAGGAAACAAAACUUUUGAAUAACACUUAUUGUGCCACGCGAGAAAGGUCGAAAGUUAAAGAAAACGGCAAAGGAAAAGAAAAGUAAAAGCAGGUAACAUAAAUUAACGUGCGCAUAAUGAUAAUUUAUAUACGAUUCUAUAUCUAGAUAUUACGAAUAAAAAAUUGUUAAAAACAAAGGAAGAAAAAGAAUCUUCAUCGAGACUAAUGAUUAUUUUGUAAUCGCGGCUAUGUACAUAAUACUUGUAGAACAGUUAGAGAAAAAUAACGAACAUGUCUCACAUUUCAUAUUUUUUAAAGAAAGAUUGUUCUUUUUUGCAAAGAUUUUCUUUUGUACAAAAAGACAAUAUACAAAGAUACCAAUUAAUUCUCAUUAGUGAAAACUUUCAAACUUUAUUACAAAUGUUUUGCUAAUGCGAUAAAAAAAAUCACGAAAACCUAUACUAUACCAAAAUUUUCUGAACAAAAAUCUCGAGAAUAAUAUUCGAGUACCUCUUUUAUUAGACAUAUUCUAAUUUGACAAGAAAACUUAUCAAUUCAAAUUUAACACUUGCUCACGCAAUUAAUUUUUCUAGGGAUAAUAAAGAAAAUUGUUUAUUAUUUAUUUACGACCUCAAUUUUGAAUUGAAAAGUUGACGACAGAGAGAAUACAAUGUACGUAAGUAGAUCCAAACGAUUAAUCAGACAUUAAAUAUUAAACGCAAAAACGAUGAACGCAGCAUAUUUAAAACUCGAGUCUAUGCUUUAAAUUGUACAUAAAUGAAAGUAAUCAUUCUAUAUAUACAACGUGAACUUAAUUAUGUACCCUUAUUUCUUAUGCACAGAUAAAAAGAAACUAUAGUAAUCUAAUUAAAUAGCUGAUAUAGUCCUCUAGAUCAGUAAUGCAUGAAGCAACUGAAUAAAAGAAUUGAUACAUUUAUUAUGAUAUUGACAAGAUUAAAAGUUCUUGAAACAUAAAUUGAUUGAAGCAUAUACAAUAUACAGUACAUUGUGUAAACUACCGCAUGAUAGAAAGGAACAAUUCUUUUUCAACAUGCAUUUGCAUAGAUUACUACCUACAAGUAUGUGACGCAUUCAUAAUUUUCUGUCGCUUAGACAAUAGUUCUCAAUUUAUAUGUUACGGUAUUUAAAUGAUUGUUACGCGGACUAUUUGGGAACAAUAAUAUACUAAAUAAAAACAUAACUUACAGCAUCAA